AUGUCUGGAAAAAAUAGAUUAAAUAUUUUCCCAACUAGAAUGGCAUUAACAGUGAUGAAAACCAAAUUAAAGGGUGCUGUCACUGGUCAUUCACUUUUAAAAAAGAAAUCAGAUGCUCUUACAAUUCGUUUCAGAAGAAUUUUAGCAAACAUUGUUGAAAACAAACAAUUAAUGGGUACAACAAUGAGAGAUGCAUCAUUCUCUCUUGCUGCUGCUAAAUAUGCUGCAGGUGAAUUCUCAAACUCUGUAAUUGAAAACGUUUCAAAUCCAACCAUCGCCGUCAAAAUGACCACUGAAAAUGUUGCUGGUGUUCAUUUACCAACUUUUGAGAAAAUCUCUGAAGGUGUCGUUAGCAAUUCACAAGAACUUACUGGUCUUUCAAAAGGUGGUCAACAAAUUAAUAAAUCUCGUGAAUCACACAUUAAAGCUGUCGAAGCUUUAAUUGCUCUCGCUUCUUUACAAACUGCUUUCAUUACAUUGGAUGAAGUUAUUAAAAUUACAAAUAGACGUGUUAAUGCAAUUGAAUACGUAGUUAAACCAAAACUUGAAAAUACCAUCAGUUAUAUUAUUACAGAGUUGGAUGAAAGUGAAAGAGAAGAGUUUUACAGAUUGAAGAAAGUUCAAGGUAAAAAGAAGAAAGAUUUGAAAGCAAAAGAAGCACAAAAAGAAGAAAACUCUGCAAAUAAAACAAUCAUGGAACCAGCCUCUGUUCAUAAAGUUAGAAGUCUCAUCGAUGAUGAACCAGAAGAUGCUGAAUUAUUAUAUGAAGAUUAA